UAGACGUACACGAGGAGAGGCAAAGGGGAGUGGUCGCCAGGCAGGCACGGUGGUAAAGUAAAAAUAAAAAUGCUCCGAUUAAUUGCCACCAUCCUUGCCGUUGGCAUUUGCCUGUCCCCGUUCGGUGGUGGUGCGUUUGUCACGGGCGACGGCGAGGAUGACACCAACUUUUGCAACUUUGGUCAGAGACAUUGCCCCUGCCUGGGAAAUGCCAUCGAUUGCUCGAAGAAGAACCUGAAGACGCUGUUCCCGAUGCCGCGCUGGGUGGAUAAUCUCGAUCUGGCGUCCAACCAUUUGAGCCACGAAACAAUUUCGGCGCAAUUGGCUGACCUUCGCAAGCUGCAAGAGUUGAACUUAAACAACAAUCGAUUGCAACGUUUGCCGGUUUUGAGGGGCGUUAGAAACCUCACCAAGCUGUUUGUGAGCAACAAUGAAAUCGAAACUAUCGAUAUGGAAGCGUUGGCGGGGCUGCCAUCGUUGAAGUUUCUCGAUCUAUCGCGCAACGCAAUACAGGAGGUUCAGUAUAGCUCAUUUCCGGUGAAAAACAAUCUACAGUAUUUGAACUUGAACUUCAAUAAAUUGAGUACCCUCACGAAAGGUACAUUUGAUAGAUUGCAAUCGCUGAAACGGCUGGAAAUUAGCAGCAAUGGUUUGGAGGAAGUGCAAAGUCUAACCUUCCAGAACUUGAAUCAACUGAAAAGCCUGAAGCUCAAUAACAAUCGCAUUCCAGCGUUGAUGGCUGGCGUAUUUCAUGGGCUGCUAGCGAUAGCGAUCCUUGAGUUGAACAACAACAGCAUUACUACCAUACGGAAGGGCGGAUUCUUUAAUCUGACCAGCCUCACCAAUCUCGGUUUGGCCCACAAUCGGAUACUCGAAAUCGAACAGUCUGGAUGGGAAUUUACGCCGAAGCUGAUCAGUUUGGAUCUCGCAUACAACCAGCUGGAGUCACUCGAUCGUUACACUUUUGAAGAAUUAUCCGUCCUGCAAACGCUAAAUUUGCAAGGAAAUCGCAUAUCUGCGAUUGGAGAAGGCACGUUUAAUGAAACGCGAUCGCUAAAAACGCUUUAUCUGAACGGUAAUCGUAUCUCGUGGACGAUCGAGGAUAUGCGCGGACCGUUUCUGGGUUUAAGCGAACUGGAGCGGUUGUAUUUGAACGCGAAUGAGAUAAAAUCCGUCAGUAGAAAUGCAUUUCUGGGGCUGAAUUCACUGACGUUGUUGGAGAUGAGCCAAAAUAACAUUUCAUCGAUACAGAUCAAUGCGUUCAAGGAUACACCACGGUUAAAGAACUUAAUUAUGAACUCGACUAAUUUAAUAUGCGACUGUAAGCUAGAGUGGUUUUACCACUGGAUUAAGGAUAGGAAGGAGGUGUUUCAAAUCGAUGCCGAAUGUAUCUACCCGAUUUGGUUGCGGAAUCGAUUAAUCCGUGAUCUUCAUCCAUCGAACUUCUCUUGCUAUGAUUCCCCUAAACCUCAUCUUAUCGAUGAACCGAAAUCUCAGCUCGGUAUCCGCGGCACUAACGUAUCACUUGUGUGCACAGCCACAUCGAUCGCAGCUGAUCCUAUGACAUUCAAGUGGAAGCAGGACAACUUGGAGCUUCCAGCCGAACAGUAUACGAUCCAUCAGAUAAAUAACGAAAACGGUACGAUUGGUACAACGGAGUUGAUUAUACCAAACAUCCAGCAAUCUGGCGCCGGAAAAUACCAAUGUAUAAUAACCAAUAGCUUCGGUGUGGUGUACUCUCCCAAAGUGAAGAUAACCGUUGGAACGUAUCCCAGGUUUCGCAAGACCCCAUCGGAUAUAAGCGUUGAUCCGGGUAAGGUGGCUCGGUUAGACUGUGCAGCAAUGGGUGAACCUAAACCGCAGAUAUCGUGGGAAAAAGAUGGUGGCAAUGAUUUCCCAGCUGCUAAGGAACGACGGAUGCACGUCAUACCGAAUGAGGGCGCUUUUCUAAUCCUAAAUGUUCAACUUGUCGACAUGGGAGUGUACAGCUGCACGGCCGAAAAUCCGGCUGGAAUUAUUCGUGCCAACGCUUCAGUUGUAGUGCUAGAGAGCCAGCAAGCUAGUCGAUCGAUAACAAACCUGGAAAUUGCAAUCGGUAAAGCCAGUGUGCUGGAAUGCAAGGUAACUGCUACGCCAAAACCAGUUAUACUUUGGUUGAAGGAUGGAGAGCCAAUAGGAUUGACGGAGCGUCAUUUCGUUACGGGUGAGGGUCAAUUGCUUGUUAUUGUCGAUACGGAGAUGACCGAUGCUGGAUUGUAUGAAUGUCGUUUCGAGAACGAUUUUACUACUGAGAGUGGUCCGACUCGACUCAUCGUCGUUGAUGGCCCGGAAGAUAUGCAUGGGUCUGUUUUGGGCGAUGUAAGUACUUCGUAUGGAUCGGGCAUUCAGGAAGAAGUGCAGUUGCACGCCAAAAUAUUCAACUCUUGGAUGACUAUCGUGAUCGCACUUAUACUUUGUGUGCUGCUAACAUCGUUGAUUUGGAUGAUUUGUAUGUAUCGUAUGCAAAAACGGAUACGAGGUACUGUAGGUGGAUGUCCGGGAGAAACAGAACUGGAUCUUGCGACCGGGAUGGAGAUAAAUCAACCAAAUUUAAUUGUGCGUAGCGGUGUCGGCACCUCUACCACGCCUGCUGGCUACUUCGAAUAUUUAAUACCGAUGGUACGCAGUAACGAGGUAACGAGCAACGUAGAUGAUGACGGUGAGAGUGCUGAUGGUGGUACCAUUGGGCGUGAUCAUGCCGGUUUCUACACCGCAGUUUCAAAAACGAAUGUUCGCUCAACGGAGCUCGAUUCGGACGAUCUAGAUGAUGAUCUCUCAUCAAAGGAUUCUGGAACCGGUGGUGAUUGUGCAUCUGCUACUGGCUCGACAAAUGCUGCACAUCGUGGCAGUCAGGAAGAUUUGAAGUGUUUACUGAAUUCGCUCAAUCGAAAACAUACCAGUGAUCAGGAACUUCAUCACCAUAAACCGUAUCAGUUGUCGAGGCGAUCAGAUGCUCUCAUUUUAUCAUCACCCCAAAAUUCGCAUGAUCCUGAUGACGAUCCACGUCUGGAACCUCCUCCACCAAUACCACCAGUAAAUGCAACUAAUGCCGUACUGAUCGUUGAAGCUGCUGCUCAUAAACCGACCGCUGAUCCGAUACCGAGAGACGAUCGAAUUCCGACCCAUGCUGCUCUCAUAGCAACUCGUAUGCCAAAUUCACAAACCUUUCCAGUGUUUAUGCAACCUACGAGCUCAGUGACAGAAGCGACGUUACGGACGUCCUCAUUGGAAGCUUCUGCAGAUCCAGUCCUACCGCCGAAGAAGAUGCAGCCUGCUCCGCAACAGCAGAUACAAGUCAAUCAGCUGUAUCAACUUCUGCUGGAAAACCCCCGAUUAAUGGAAAAACCGGCCAAAUAUAGAACCAAAUCGAUGGACCAAUGCCCUGACAAGGAGGUACGUCCCACUUCUGCGAGCAGUGGCAUCGGUACGGGGAGCAGCAAUGGAAGUACGAUGAAUGGUGAGUUUCCCAGUGAGCAACGACAGCUAUCGUCGAGGGUGGUCAGCAACGACACUAGGCGAAAAGUGAACAGGUAGAGUCUUAACACUCGAAAUUCAACACUCAACCUUCAACAUAGGCACCUUUAGAUCCAAGAUUUUUCUACGAUCAACACGACUCUGUGACAGCAGCUGGUCUGCAUAUUAGUAAGAAAUAAUAAUAUUUAUUCUACCAUUACUAUUUGAACUCUCACUUAGAUGAUAGCGUUACGCUCCUACUUAAAACAUUACUGCUCAAAAUUUCAACGUCGUAAAGUAAUUUUCUUAAUCGAGAAUGGAAUAUGGUGACCGUCGUGAACAGCACAAUGUUCCACAAUGCCUUAUAGUUUUUCACAUCCCUAUGGGUGCCUUCCGUUCAUUCCAAAUACCAGUUAGGAAAUGUUGCAAAAAAUACGUCGUAAGGUUUACAACAACCAGUUUAGUACGCAUAAGUCAUUUAUUUCAUAAUUGAAUAACAGUGCGCGAUAACAAACAAAUAAUCGAUUGUUCCUUUAACUAGAUUAACUAUGUACGAUAAUAUUGAUACAAUGAAGCGUUCGUGUGCUGUUAGUCAAAUUUAUGCAAGAGUGUGUUUACCGUGUGACAAAUUAACAGAUCGUGGUGAGGCAUAUUGUGGUGUGACAGUGUGAGUUCCUUAAUAUUAAUUGUAACAAUUUCUCUUGGCAUAAACUAGAACUAUACAUGACAAAAAUAGUAAAAAAAAAAAACAUGGUAAAAACUGAAGUAUGCAAACAUUGAUAGAGACUGGUAGCUGAUUGAUUCUUCUGAUCCAUCUAACCUUCAUUAUAAUUUGCCAAGCAAUGCCUUAAGGAAAAAACCCUGUUUUAUUUAAUGCACAAUAAAUGUUUGCAAUAGAUUUAACUUUAUUUACAUUGACAUGGGGCACAUUUCACGGAUUUAAAUUUGCUCCCAACAGUGCCUGAAAUUACGUUAAAAACACAACAGAAAAAGUGCCACAAAAGACAACAUAACGCUGUUUGAUAGGGUGUAAGCAUAGCAAAAAAGGAAAUUUUCAAAUCUUACAUAAUGAUUUAAAUUGAAUAUUUUUUACGCACUGUUACCCAAUAACAGCACUACGUUUUUAUACAUUCUUUGUUGGAAUUUUGGACGCUUUGAAAUUUCAAAUUAAUAUGCCCGUGUCUUAAAAUGCGAUAGAUAUGAAUUGUGUACAACGUCGAUCGAUUAAACGAUUCAACAGUAAACAGCACUGACGAUAUAUGAUACGAUGAUACAAUGUAUUAUAUUGCAAUUGUGAUUGUAGAAUGAAGUUAAUCUGGGAAUAAGCAAAUGAUUGCGUGCCCUUACCUGCGAUGCAAAAUAAUUGCUACGAAUGCAAUUGAAAUAUGAUGUCGAGUUAUAAUAUUGUGGUAGUUUGAGCGUGUUUAAAUAUGUGUGAUAAUUGUAUUGCUACUAUUUCCCAAGCUUCCCCAAGGUUAAGAUUUGCAUCGGAGCAAUGUCGAUUUGUUGCCCAACAGCUUCGACCUUGAACAAAUUAACCAAUUUAUUGAGUUUGUAAUGUUUUUGAUUUGUUUGUACAUUGCCCGUUCCAAUACGAGUUGCUCGUGCAGAGCAUGCAAUAUCUGCAGUGAAGUUAUGUCUGCAAGAUUCAUUUGUUAAUUAAUUUUGAUCUGUGAUGUUAGGUUUUGUUAGUAUAGUUUAUAGUAUUCGUCAAAAUUCUGUUUCCCUGCAAGCAUAACGCCUGUCCUACACAUCAUCUCUAUUAAUCAUUAACUGUCGCAUUUACUGGUCCUUUUGUUUCCUCAUUUUGCGUACUUUUUAAUUGUCGAAUCGUUACCCAGGCUCACUAAAAAUUAGCGCAACUAAUAACAUAACACGCUCCCAAUAAAUAUCUACACCAAGUAUGCAACGUUGGUGGUACCACGAGCGGAAGGAUACUUUAAAAUAGAAUAAUUAACGAUCCUACAAUUUUGCAUCGUGAUUCUCGUACACGUAAAAUGGUCAUAGAUGCAACGUCGGUUAAAAUUUGCGAAUUUGACAUGUUCGUUGUUACGCUCAAACAUAUAUUUUGUUCCCAAAUUCUUUUACUGUUCUUCAUAACGUUUUGAUCUAAAACAUGCAUUUGCAAAUGACUAAAUUUGUACUUGAUCACUAAUUGAUUAACGACACUCUUACACUCGCAGACGGAUCGAGAGGCUUGUAAUAGAUAUAAUAUUUGAUUAGAGACCAAAGAUACCUUUUACUUUGAAGGUACCAGUUAGUGAGGUGUUUUUUUUUUCGUUAUAAAGAGAUAUUUGUUGAGAUGUGCGUGUACUAUUUGUACCGAUCUCUCUACAUCGACGCCUCUUCAUAAUCAAAUUUGAUCAUUGUGCCGAGUAAAUUCUUGACUGCUGUCAACGCACGGCAGCUUGUUAUUUUCAGUUCAACUUUGUUUUGUCCAUCGUUUCCUUCUAUUGUUUGAAAUUCUUUAAAAUGUAUUUCCGUUUUACUUUAAUAAUAUUUCCCUAAUGCUUUUUCGAUAACAUUUGAUCCCUUUUAAGUAAUAGUUGCAACAUGAAUUUAAUGCAUUUUAAUUCAUCAAAUCUAAUGCAACGCCGUCGUUAUUUCAACCCAACGCUAACGGGAUGCCGUGCGUUAUUGCUAGUGAUAUAGGGACCAUUCUUUUUGGAAUUAUAAUGUACAUUAACGUGCAAGUGGCUUUGUUUGGAUGUAUACAAUCUUACAAUUUUGCAAACAGCUUAAAGAAUUAAAUAAAAAUUGGCCUUAAUCGAGCAGCUCUUCAAUACGUUAAGUCAUCAGAUGAACCCACAAUGCUGAAUGUAACAUGUUUUCAAAAAAUGCUUUUGCAAGUGCUAUUCGUUUUGUUUCCCAAAUGUUUACUAGCGAACCAUUUGUUUAGUGUGAAUUCGAAUACAUUACUUAUUAAAAAGUGUAAUUAAUUUUACUUUCCAACCUCAGUCGAUUAUUCUUGACGUCCAGUGCAACAAUAGUACGUAAAAUUGUCCCAUGAUUUUAUGAAGCAACUCCAUGAAUUACACCGUACGAAUUAACCAUCAGUAGUAAAACAAAAAAGCUAACAUUAUAGGGAACGUCGUCGAAACUGGCAAAUGCAAAUUGAACAGUGUAAAACAGAACAGUUUAAGAUGUUGUGGUCAUAACUGUAAAAAAAGAUAUAAUAGUGCGGUAAUGCGGAAUACAAUAUUUAUUAAAAUAAAAGGAAAGACAAUGAACGCGAGUGAAAAUAAAAAAACAUG